AUGGCAUUUACUUUAGGUUCAAUAUUCGAAUUCAUAGUUUUAAUUAUGAAUGCUUUUGCAAUUUUGGAUGAAAAGCGUUUUUUAAGAAAAAUUGGUUGGGAUAAAAUCGAUAACUCUUAACCUAGAUUUGAUGGCGGAGUGUAAUCUGUAAAAUAAUAAUUAAUUAUACUUUUCUAUGCAGCAAGAAACAUAGGAGUUUAUUUCUUGAUUCCAUGCAAUAUUAUAUGCUUAGUAGGAGAGGUGUUAUUUGGAUGA